AUGUCCGCGCGCCUGGCCGAGCCUCCGGGUGGCCUGGCGCUCCCGGAGACCUGCAAACAGACGCCGGGCGCGCGUCCAGGACCUGCUGCACACGCGGGCAACCUCCGUUGCACACCCCCUACCCCGCCUCCCAGCCCCGCCCAGAAACCCGCCCCGAUUCACCAACCGGAGAAGUUCUGGGGUCUGUACGAGAAAGGCUUCUUGGGCUCCCACCGAAACCUUCGUCGCUCGCCCGCCCCCCCCGCCCCCCCCGGUUCUGCAGCCCUGCUGGAGCGGCGCGCGGGGUCCACUGGGGAAGGCGGGCCCGCGGGGGGCGGGGGGGAGGAAGGCUGGAGCCCCACCUGCCGGAUGCCCGAGGGCAAGCGGAGAGGGAGAGGCAAGAGGUCCAGUUGGAAGCUGGCCAAAGAUGUCAUUGUUUUGGUUCCCUAUUUGGCACGGCUCUACCUGGACUGGGACACGCCCUUCCAAGCCACCACCACCCUCCCACACCCCCCCCCACACACUGCCCCAAAGCUGGUGAAAACUGUAGAGCUGCCUCCUGACCAGAACUAUGGUAGUCACCCCCAUGGGAUCAUGAGCACCGCAGCCCUCUGUAAUUUCUCUACCGAGAGCACCAGCUUCUCCCAGCUCUUCCCUUGGUGGCCCUGGGAAGUGGAGUCUGGAGGUGUGGGGAAGGAGCUUGGGGGCACUCCUGGAGAGCCAGUGGCCUGCCCAUCCCUCUCCUCCUGCCACCCCUUCCCAGGGCCUCCCUGGUGCCCACCUACCCAGAAUGAUGUCUUCAAAAUGAAGGCUUUUGCCCCAGGCUCCUGGCAGUAUCAGUUCCAGGUCACCUUUAAGAAGUUCACAGCCCUUUCUCCUUGCAUCUUCUGGAGCCACAGUCUCUUCUCAGCCAAGCUCUGCGGCCUGCUGCCCUUUGCCAAACCCAUCACCACAGCGGUGGGCCACCCCAUGCCGGUACCCCAGUGCCCACAGCCCAGCAAGGAGCAGGUGGACCACUAUCAUAUGCUCUACAUGAAGGCUCUGGAGCAACUGUUUGAAGAGCACAAGGAAAGCUGUGGGGUCCCAGCUUCUACUCACCUCACCUGCAUCGAGCCCUGGCCUUACCCUCCCCCACCCUCCAGCCCCUGAGCCGCUGAGCCUCUGAGCCCAGUGCACUGAGAUGUGCCCACCUCUACCCCCCAACCCCAGCCACCUCCUGCCAUGCCCUGCACCAAUAAAAGCUAGUUCUCUCACA